AUGACACCCAAGUUUGAUCCUGAUGAAAUUAAUGUCAUGUUUUUAAAGUACACUGGUGGUUACACUGGUGGUGAAGUUUGUGCCACAUCAACUCUGGUUCCCAAAUUAGUCCAUUGGGGUUUGUCUCCCAAAAAAGUUGAUGAUUACAUCACCAAGGCAACGGGUGACUGGGAAGGGCUAAGAAUCACGGUGAAACUUACUAUCCAGAACAGACAGGCCCAGACUGAGGUUGUUUCUGCCUCAACCUUGAUCAUCAGUGGCCUAAAGGCACUUCCUCAGGACAGAAAGAAACAGAAAAAUGUUAAGCACAGUAGAAACAUCAGUUUUCAUGAGAUUAUCAGCAAUGCUCUACAGAUGAGGCACCAAUUCUUGGCAAGAAACCUGUCUGCAACCAUAGAAGAGAUACGUGUAACAUCCUAG